CACUCUUUUGGUUCUGAUAUUUCAGUUCCCAUUGGUCUGUAUGGAUUUCAACAUUACCUGUCAAUGUUGGGUUCCUUGAUACUAAUUCCGCUGGUAAUAUUUCCAGCAAUGGGCGGCACUUAUAAUUUCAAGCAUAUAAUGAAAGAGCUACAGGGAGCUGUAAUUAUAGGUUUUGCUUUUCAAGCAUUCUUGGGAUACAGUGGAUUGAUGACAAUACUAAUAAGAAAGCAUGUUUCGAGGAUGAAGUACUGUCGAGCUGAUACUUCUGAUGCAUUGGGAUCGUCUUCGUGGUCCAGAUUUCCUUACCCUCUACAAUGAGGUAUGCCUGUCUUUCACUUGAAGAUGGCCCUUGUGAUGUGUGUGGUGUCUAUAAUUUCAUCAGUAGAUUCAGUUGGUUCGUAUCACGCAUCAUCAUUAUUA